AUGACGAAGAAUAACUUGCGACAACACUUGAGUUGGCUCCUCAAUCGUGGUUUACCAGACUUCGCUUCUGUUGAUGCGUUAACGCGACCUGACCCGAACCUGGUUGUUUCUAAUCCGGGCGCCCCAAUAGUGCAACCGCCAAACAGAUCUGUUCACCAAGAGACUUUGAAUGGGAUCAACCCUGUGGAUGAUAUACAAGAUGGAUGGCCGCAAGUGAAUCUCAAACGUGACGAGGAUUUCCCAACCGACGACCCGGAAAUGGCACGACUUCACCUUAUCCCCUCGUCUGAAACGAAGUCACGCCUGCUUAGCUCUUCGCGCAAAAGCCGUUCAAUAACUCCUACGACGCCGACUUCUCGUAAGAAUGGUGAAUCCGAUAGUCCCCAGUUUAAGGAUCUUAAAAAGAACGCGGUGCAAGCAUCGCCGUCGAAAAUCAAGAAACGGAAAACACCCUCCAAGCGAACAGGCGGCCUUUUUCUUUCCUCGGAUUUCAAAUCCCCAUUCGAUGAUUUUGAUGUUGAAUCUAUCGACCUUACGGGCGAUGGCGAACAACACGCGACUUCUUCUGCUACAGCUGAGACCUUCGAGGAGCCCAAGCCCCUAUGGCGCGAAGACUUUGCUGCGCGUGCGGAGCCUCUCUCGACGCGCAGCAAAAAGAGAAAGAGCGACGAAUACCAGUCAGAUCUAGUGUCCCCUCGAAAAAUGUCUCAUCAUGCAAAGGCCUCUGGAACGCCGUCCAAGGCCCGCGUGCUUGACGCUGGUACUUCCCCUACAUUGCAACGUGUAUCCGCCAGGUCUGCAAGGGAGUCACCGCGUGCUUUGGCUUCUAGGUCGCCAGUUCGUCCAGCUGUCUCGGCUUCAAGGGCCUCGACAAGGGACGUUUUUGACAACUCAGAUGUUGAUAAUGAUGAAGAGAGCUUGCUACAGUAUCCUGAUUUGCCUAAAACGGCCCACACCGAAGAACAGUUGUCACCUUCACCUUCCAAGAGGUCGAAGCAAAGACAACAAGUCACGCCUGCGCCUCAAUUGAAGAAAUCGGCCUCGACAGGAUUGUCUUUCCAGAAUUCAUCUCAAAGAGCAAAAGCUGUUGUCGAACCAGUUGCUACGACCCCUUUAUCUCAGGCAAGCAAAGAUCCGAAAGUAGAAGCUUUCGUGGAGUUGCACCCUACAGUGAUCGAUUCAGCAGUCAAGAAGCUGAAUCGAGACCUUGUUGCGAACGCGGACAUUGUGGUACAAUACGCCAUGGAAGGAGACCAACCACCGGCAGAACUAUUGGCCUCGAAUAAAUCUUCUCGCUCCAAAAUCGACGCUCUUGGAAAAUUAAAAAUGGAAAGAACGACGUACGACCAACGGAAAGACAGGAAAAAUAAUCUCAAGGCGAUCAUGGUUCGAGCUGUGGCAAGUGGAGGUGACUUGUCAGGAGUAGCAGCGGAAGUCAACGAAAGCCAGGCCAUUAUGAAAGAGCUCCAACAGAUCGAAGCCCAAAUGAGCAAUCUGCUGGCCCUUAUCGAUCUGGACCUAUCCACGUUUCCGGCCGCUGCAAGCUCAGAUAACCCAAGCAACUCGCAGGCCAAUCCGCCACGCGAAGCGUUCCCUUCCGGGCCUCGUGUCCAAGCUGUUCGUCAAGAACUAGGUUAUAAUGCUUCGCCCGUUGCACGGAAUACCACCCCGCAGACAUCUGCUUCUAGUGUCAACAACUCUUUUAAUUUCAAUGACACCCGUUCUACUUACCAGAAUAGGGAUGUUACAAUGAACGAUGGUGACUACGAUUAUGAUCGUCCCACUAAUCCGUUUGCUCCCAAUUCCAAUGAUAUGGACGAAUUCGACUUCGAUGCUGAAGAUGAUGACUUGUUCGAGGCCGCUAAUGACCUAUCAAACAUGGAUUCGCAUCCAUUCAUGGACGAUAAUCGUUCUUUAGGCCGCAAGGUCUUUGGGGAAACUUCGGGAAAUGCCGGUCGUAUUCCGACUCCUAAAAAGAACACGGCUGACUCUAGUGCCAUGAUGUCUCAUGCUUGGUCGAAGGAUGUCAAAACAGUGAUGAGAGACCGAUUUCAUUUGAAAGGCUUUCGGCCAAAUCAACUGGAAGCAAUUAACGCCACUCUUAGCGGGAAGGAUGCUUUCGUUCUGAUGCCUACUGGAGGUGGGAAGUCGUUGUGCUAUCAGCUUCCGUCAGUGGUGAACAGUGGCCGCACGAAAGGGAUUACUGUCGUAGUAUCACCUUUACUAAGUCUGAUGGAGGAUCAAGUCGAACACUUGAAAAAGUUGAACAUAAAAGCACACUAUAUCAAUGGAGAUGUGAGUGCCGAGCAUAAAAGAUGGAUAGCGUCGACUCUCAGGAGUCCUUAUGCGGAUCGAGAAAUAGAGCUGCUUUAUGUGACUCCAGAAAUGGUGAACAAGAACUUGAGCCUUCAGGACACGCUCAAAACCCUUCAUCGCAAUGGAAAAUUUGCACGCCUUGUUAUUGAUGAGGCUCACUGCGUUAGCCAAUGGGGCCACGACUUCCGUCCAGACUACAAAGAGCUUGGGUCGCUCCGCGCAGAAUUCGAAGGUAUUCCUGUUAUGGCGCUGACUGCAACGGCAACUCAAAGCGUCAAAGUUGACGUGAUUCAGAACCUGGGAAUGACUGGGUGUGAUAUCUUCACUCAGAGCUUUAAUCGGCCAAAUCUUACCUACGAUGUUCUACCAAAGAAGGGCACUGCAUCGGACAUCCACGCUCAAAUCGCAGACAUCAUCAAGACUUCAUACAAGGGCAAGGCAGGUAUAGUCUACUGUUUAUCCCGAAAGGAUUGCGAGACUGUCGCGGAGCAGCUUCGUACUGAACAUCGCGUCAAAGCGAUGCAUUAUCAUGCGGGAAUGAGUUCUGAAGACAGAUCAGCCGUCCAGCGAGACUGGCAGUCGGGUAAACACCAUGUCAUUGUGGCAACUAUUGCGUUUGGAAUGGGAAUUGACAAACCUGAUGUCCGCUUCGUCGUUCAUCACACCAUUCCUAAAAGCUUGGAGGGAUACUAUCAAGAAACCGGUCGUGCAGGAAGAGACGGCAAACGAUCUGGCUGUUACCUAUUCUACAGCUACAAGGAUACAACCCAACAACGACGCUUCAUUGACCAAGGAGAUGGUGACUGGCGACAAAAGAAUCGCCAGCGUCAGAUGCUUCGAAACGUUGUUCAAUUCUGUGAGAAUAAGAGUGAUUGCCGCAGAGUCCAGAUUCUUGCCUACUUCAACGAGUCUUUCCGCGGUGAAGACUGCCAUGGAACAUGCGACAACUGCAAGUCCGAUGCUACUUUUGAAAAUCGCGACUUCAGCAAUGAUGCAAAGAAGGCCGUGGAGCUCGUAAGGAUAUUUGAGCAAAACAACGAAGAUGUCACGGUACUACACUGCAUUGACAUAUUUAGAGGUUCUGGGAAGAAGAUGAAAAAAGAGCAUUCCCAGAUGCCAUUUUAUGGUGCUGGCUCCCACAUUGAGUUGGGAGACGUAGAACGAUUGUUCUACAGGCUGAUUAGCGAUGAGGCUCUUCAAGAGAUAUCUAAGAUCAAGGCUAGAUUUACACAUCAAUAUGUUAAACCUGGCCGCAACGCCCAGCAUGUCAUUUCGGGACAACAACGCGUUCAAAUGCCUGUUAUGUCCUCCAAAGCAACCACAGGUCCUAGUCGGUCUCGGAAAGCGACCAAGACUACAUCAACUGGAGCCAUGGACGAUCACCCACAAUCUACAAUGGUCCCAUCCCCCACACAGCGUCGACGGGCAGUACGCAAAGCGAACCCCAAGAGGACUGCUGGAAAUGGAAGUGAUGACGAUGAUAGUGACGGUUUUGAGCCUAUCCGGGUAGCAGGAGCAUCGAACCGACGCAAGAAGCCAGAGGUUGGACCUCCUAUCACUCAAAAUGAUCAAUUAUCGAACUUGGAUGAUAUCCGUCGAAUGGUGGCGGAGGAAUUUAUGGCGAAUGCCAAAGACUUGUGUCAAAAGAUCAUGAUGGAAAAACAACUACGGGGCCAACCGUUUACAGAUAUGGUACUCCGCGAAAUGGCCAUCAAGCUUCCUCAAAACAUGACACAAAUGCUCGCCCUAGAAGAUGUUGAGCGGGACAAAGUCGAACGUUAUGGAUCUCGGUUCUUGAAAUUAACGCAAACCUCAAAGGCAUUCCUAUUAGACAUGCAGAGAAACCAGGAAACCAACAAUGAAGUUGUCCAUGAUCCAAAUCACACAAAUGUCAUCGACAUCAGCAGCGACGAAUACGGAUUUAGUGACGACGAUGAUGAGAUCUUUGCUUCGCUUUCACAGAUACCUAAUGAUGAGAGCAUCACCAGUCGGUACUUUGAUAGUGCUCCUAACAGUCGAUCCUCUAGAGGUGGUAAUUUUGUGAGGCCGUCUGAUACUCAGCUGACUGAUCUUGAUGGGCCAACUGCUCCGCGUCGAGGAGCAUCAAAGUCAGCUCGCGGUUCUCGAGCAACCGGGAAACGCGCCGUCUCCGGUGCCAGUGGUGGAAGAAAAAAGGCUGCAGGUCCCGCGAAACGCAAUUUCAGUGGCGGCAGUCAACGAGCAAAAAGGACUUCCAAGGGCAGCAGUUCUGGGAGGGCCGCUUCAGGGGGCGCGUCAUCUAGAAGAGGUGGAAAAUCAACCGCCUCUCAAUCUUCAUCCCGCAUUGCGAUGAUGCCGACGUGA